AUAUGUGAUAGGGUACGUCCGCUUUGCUAACAUGGCGAAUUUUCUUUAUCAUCAAAAUCAUUAGAAAGUCAUUUGAAAAUCGUUCUGUAGUUAUGGGAAACAUUUAAUUAGUAGCGGAGACGAUUCUUUUUUAUUAUCUAUAUUUUUUAGUGUUCAGGAUAAUUAAAUGCAUUAAAAAUGAGCGUUGAUGCGUAUGGACCGAGUUCUCAAACCCUCACGUUUUUGGAUACCGAGGAAGCUGAUUUAAUCGGUGCUGAUACUCAAGGAUCCGAAUUCGAAUUUACGGAUUUUACAUUACCAUCACAGAGUCAAACCCAAGCAUCGCAACACGACCAUGGACUUACUGGUUCCAAUCAAGUUAAUGGUUUGGGGAGAUCGGAUCUUAAGCUGUCGAGUGUAACAAAUGCCAUUGCGGAAUUACAAUUUGAAGAAGAAGAUGAAGCUUUGUACAGCAGCAAGGAGUUGCCAGAUCAUGCCUGCAAAUACUGUGGCAUACAUGACCCCUCAACUGUGGUUAUGUGUAAUAUCUGUAACAAAUGGUUCUGCAAUGGCCGAGGGAACACAUCAGGGUCACAUAUUAUCAACCACAUGGUGAGAGCAAAACAUAAGGAAGCAGCUUUACAUCGUGACGGGCCACUCGGUGAAACAUUACUGGAAUGCUACUCAUGUGGGGCUCGUAAUGUGUUCGUUUUGGGCUUCAUUCCCGCCAAGGCUGAUUCUGUAGUAGUACUACUUUGCAGGCAACCUUGUGCAGCUCAGAGCUCCCUCAAGGAUAUGAACUGGGAUCAAGAGCAGUGGAAACCAUUAAUCUCUGACCGAGCCUUCUUAUCGUGGCUUGUCAAGGUUCCAUCUGAAGCAGAGCAAAUGAGAGCUCGUCAGGUUACUCCACAACAGAUAGUUCGUCUGGAAGAGCUCUGGCGCGACAACGUGGAUGCUACAUUCCAAGAUCUAGAGAAGCCGGGAGUAGAUGAGGAACCACACCAAGUCCUGUUGAGAUAUGAAGAUGGAUACCAAUACCAAAAUAUUUUUGGCCCCCUUGUGAAGUUGGAAGCGGAUUAUGACAAGAGACUCAAGGAGUCACAGACGCAAGAAGGAAUCGAAGUGCGCUGGGAUGUGGGACUUAACAAGAAGACUAUAGCCUACUUUACUUUGGCCAAAACUGACAGCGACAUGAAACUGAUGCAUGGUGACGAGCUUAGAUUGAGAUAUGUUGGUGAGUUGCACAAGGCGUGGUCGGGUGUCGGCCACGUCAUCAAGGUUCCCGACAAUUACGGUGACGACGUCGGGCUAGAGUUGAAGUCGGGGGCCGGCGGACCGCUCGACUGUACUUCCAACUUCGUCGUUGAUUUCAUAUGGAAGAGCACAUCUUUUGACAGAAUGCAACUGGCCCUGCGAAAGUUCGCUGUAGACGAUUCCUCUGUGUCAGGAUAUAUCUACCGUCGCCUGCUUGGUCAUGAAGUGGAGGAGGUUUUGUUCAGAGUGCAUCUUCCCAAACACUUCAGUGCUCCUAAACUGCCCGAUUUAAAUAGAUCACAGGUAUAUGCUGUUAAACAUGCGCUUCAGCGUCCAUUGUCGCUGAUCCAAGGACCGCCAGGAACUGGUAAAACCGUUACUUCUGCAACAAUUGUCUAUCAACUUGUGAGACAAAAUGGCGGCCCAGUUUUAGUAUGUGCUCCUUCAAACACUGCAGUUGAUCAACUCACAGAGAAAAUACAUCGCACUGGUCUCAAGGUGGUGAGACUUUGUGCCAAAUCACGUGAGGCCAUGGAGUCGUCUGUGUCCUUCCUUGCACUUCAUGAACAGGCUCGUGCAUUGGGAUCAGCUGAUAGUGAGCUACGUAAGUUGACCAGGCUGAAGGAAGAAGCUGGUGAACUGUCCGCAGCAGAUGAACGUAGAUACAGGGCCUUGCGCAGAGCUGCAGAGAGACGGCUUCUAGAUGCUGCUGAUGUUGUUUGCACUACCUGUGUCGGAGCAGGUGACCCACGUGUUGCACGCAUGCGCUUCCAGUCUAUCCUCAUUGAUGAAGGAAUGCAGUCUACCGAGCCUGAAUGCAUGGUGCCUGUUGUUCUUGGGGCCAGACAACUGAUCCUUGUUGGUGACCAUUGUCAAUUGGGUCCAGUCGUGAUGUGCAAGAAGGCUGCCAAAGCUGGUUUAAGCCAGAGUCUUUUCGAACGUUUAGUCGUGUUAGGAAUACGCCCUUUCCGUCUCGAAGUCCAAUACCGCAUGCACCCAGAACUAUCUCGAUUUCCUUCAGAUUUCUUCUAUGAAGGUUCUCUCCAAAAUGGUGUCAGUGCUGAAGAGAGGCGUCUUCAUAAAGUCGACUUUCCAUGGCCGAGGCCAGACAGACCAAUGUUCUUUUACGUGACCCAAGGCCAGGAAGAGAUUGCCGGAUCCGGAACAUCAUACCUAAACCGUACGGAGGCUGCAAAUGUUGAGAAGUUGACCACCCGUUUCUUAAGAGUAGGAGUACGACCCGAGCAAAUUGGAAUCAUUACACCUUACGAAGGUCAGCGGUCUUAUCUAGUCCAGCACAUGCAAUACCAAGGAAGUCUCCACGCCAAAUUAUACCAAGAGAUCGAAGUCGCCAGCGUGGACGCUUUUCAAGGCAGGGAAAAAGAUAUUAUCAUCAUGUCCUGCGUACGUUCUAACGAACAUCAAGGAAUCGGAUUUUUGAGCGACCCGCGCCGUUUGAACGUGGCUUUGACGAGAGCCAAAUAUGGGCUAAUUGUCGUUGGUAAUCCAAAGGUUCUGAGUAAACAGCCGCUCUGGAAUCAUCUGCUGGCAUUUUACAAGGAGCGCCGCGUUCUCACGGAGGGGCCACUUUCCAAUUUGAAAGAAUCUGCUAUUCAGUUCGCUAAGCCGAAGAAACUUAUAAACGCUCAGAACCCGGGCUCCCACUUCAUGUCGACGUCGAUGUUCGACGCCCGCGAGGCCAUGGUGCCGGGCUCCGUGUACGACCGCGCCCGGCCCCUGCGCGACCCCCUGGCCUACGUCGGGCCCGAGCGAGCGGCCAUGCUCCACGCUCCCGUGCCGCCCGCAGCCUUCGCCGCCCACCGCGGCCUCACACGGCCCCCCAUCAAUAACAAUCAGCGCAGCGCUCGGAAACGACCUCCCCGACUAUCGCAGGAACCUCUGUCACAGCAGCCCCCGCUGUCUCUCUCCCAGGGCGCCUCCCAACCGGACUUCAGCCAAGAGUCUAUCGCUCCGGACUGUCCAUCACAACCGGACGGUCUACUCUCCCAAGACUCCUCGUACCAGGGCGGGUUCCGUGCGCGUUGCAGCCAAUACUGAGAGAGCAGGUGGACCGCUGACCAGCCGACAUCGCUCCCCCUCGGGAGGCCAAGGACUGACGAGAAACGCCGACGCGCGCGAACCUGACCGAUUAUAUGACUCCGGAUGUAGAGAGAGCAGCAGACACCGUUGCCGGCAGAUGGCGCCGCGAGCCGCGGCCGUCUCGAGCGUACGGGUACAUCUACGGUCGCGCUCGUUCGGUUCACUUUCACAUUUACUGGAUGGAUCGUAAAUUGAAUGUCAAAUGUCAAUUCUGAAGAUUUCACGCACUUAGAAUAUCACUUGUAGAGGUCAUGCUGUCUACAACAUUUAGCACAAAGUUCGUUCUCAUGAGGUAUUAUUACCUAAAUAAUUAAUUGUGUUUUCAUUGUAUGUGGAAUGGGGUCAUCAUCCUGGUAAUUGAAUAUUAUUUGUUAAAUUUUACAAAAAAAAUCAAUGUAGCCGUUAGCAUUACUUGUAGGGGCAUAUUUGUGGUUUACGUUUCAUUAUUCUACAUCUUAUUCAUGACGGUUUAGUCGCGAUACUUUAGACAAUAUAUCAGCAAUAAGUGCUUUAUUUGUUUUUCCUUCUACAAUACUAAAUAUGUAUAGACUCAUAUAAAUAACUUAAUGUCCUGUUAUUCUGCCAUUUCUGUAGAAAUUAUUUUACAAUUCCAAUCAAACAGCUAUUUGCAAAUUUACAUUUUUUUAAACAGACUCAGGCUUCACGCCCUAGUGAAAAGUAAAUAAAUUACAUAAGAUCCUAUCGAUUCGCAUGAUAUAAUCUUAAAUGUAUCUUUUUUCAAAAAAAAUAUUCAUAGAUUGUCAGUUCUAAUACAUAAGAAUAGUAAUAGAUGUUUCCGUGUUGGUUUUAUAAGAUAGAUGUCGUUAUAAAUAGAAAUAUUGUAAGAUUGGAAAUUAGUAUGUUUUAAUGUUUAACCAUCGGUCUCCAGAAAAUUAGGUCAUUUAAAAAUGCUCAAACAAAGCAAUUUAUUGUGAGGGAAAAUCAAUAAAGAGUUCAUCAUGUUACAA